AUGACUCUGGACAAAAAUUCUUGCCUUAAGAUGAGCGAUGGAAACAAAAUCCCUUUGAUUGGGCUUGGUACCUAUUGCCCUGAUGAAGUUGAAAAAAGCAAGUGUGAGGAGGCUAUAAAGGUAGCCAUCGAGCUUGGCUUCCGCCUUAUCGAUGGAGCCUUCAUCUAUGGGAAUGAAGAGGAAAUUGGACGAGGGAUUAAUGCGAAGAUUGCAGAUGGAACUGUGAAAAGGGAUGAAUUGUUUUACACUGGAAAGCUUUGGGGCACCUUUCAUCGCCCAGAACUUGUCCAGACAAGUGUGGAAGAAUCUCUAAAGAAACUUAAACUUGAUUAUAUGGAUCUCUUUCUUAUUCACAUGCCAUUUCCUCUCAAGCCAGGAGCCGAUCCGCUACCAAAAGAUGAAAGUGGAAAGCUGGUCUUCGAUGACAUUGACUUGUGUCAAACCUGGGAGGCCAUGGAAUUAUGUAAAGAUGCAGGUUUGGUGAAGUCUAUUGGUGUCUCCAACUUCAACCAGAGGCUUCUGGAAAAGAUCCUGAACAAACCUGGCUUCAAGUACAAGCCUGUUCUCAACCAGGUCGAAUGCCACCCUUAUCUCAAGCAAGCCAAGCUGCUGUCUUUCUGCAAAUCAAAGGAUAUUGUCCUGGAAGCUUUCUCUGCUUUAGGAUCACAGAGAGACGAGGCUUGGUAG